ACUUGGCUAAUGAAUAUAACAUUAGUGAAGGAUUGGUAAAUGACAUUUUAAAGAAGAAAGACCGUUGGCUUUCUGUGGAUACCAAUUCAUAUCAAGCUAAUUUGAAACGUAAAAAGAAAACUCUAUUCUCUCUCAUUGAAGAAGCGUUAGUAAUAUGGGUAGAUAACACAUUCAAAGCUAGCCUCAUUAUUACUGACAAUAUUCUUUCAACAAAAGCCUUGA